AUGUUCGGCUUCGGUGGUGAGAAUCAGUUCGUUGUGGAGGGUCGGACGGUGGUGAUUACCGGCGGCUCAGAGGGUAUGGGCAAGGCAGUGGCCUGCCAGCUCGCCGAGAAAGGAGCCAAUGUUGUCAUCGUCGCUCGCACGCUUCAGAAGCUCGAGGAAGCCAUGGAAGCCAUCAAGGCCUCCGCUACCAACGGUCCCAAGCAGAGGUUCCACUACAUCAGUGCCGACCUCACCAAACCCGAGGAAUGCGAACGCAUCAUGACCGAAGUCACCGAGUGGAACGACGGCAUGCCUCCUGAUAUUGUUUGGUGCUGCGCUGGAUACUGCACUCCUGGAUACUUCGUCGAGACAUCCGUCCAGACCCUCAAGGACCAAAUGGAUACAGUUUACUGGACUGCGGCAAACACAGCACAUGCGAUCCUGCGGAAGUGGCUUGUUCCCAUCAACCCCAGUCACCAGCGGCCAUUGCCUCGCCGACACCUCAUCUUCACCUGUUCCACCCUCGCCUUCGUUCCCAUUGCAGGGUAUGCUCCAUACUCUCCCGCCAAGGCUGCCAUGCGUGCCCUUUCGGAUACCUUGAGCCAGGAGAUUGAGGUAUACAACGGAUCUCGAGCCUCCAAAGAGCGAGCCCGAGCUACCCCAGCCGACGUCCGGAUCCACACAGUGUUCCCCAUGGGCAUUCUCAGCCCUGGUUUCGAUAAUGAGCAACAGGUUAAGCCCGCCCUCACAAAGCAGCUCGAGUCUGCCGACAAGCCUCAGACUCCCAAGGAAGUUGCCCGGAUCGCCAUAGAAGCCAUUGAGCGCGGUGAAUACCUCAUCACCACCAUGUUCGUCGGCAACGUGAUGAAGGGCGCUGCGCUCGGACCUAGCCCGAGAAACUCUUGGUUCCGCGAUACGUGCACCGGCUGGUUCAGCAACCUGCUAUUCUUGUCUGUUGUUCCCGACCUUAGGAAGCAGGCGUUCAACUGGGGACAAAAGAAUGGUGUUCCCACCUCGCCGUCGGGUUAG